CAGAUGGCUCUGUCUUGUUAUGUUGCUGUCAAAAAGUUGCCAGCCACGAAAGAAUAAGAGAAAUCAACAGGUUAACGCGUGAUUAAGUGAAAACACACAUUUUUAUAAGCCGGUUUCAAAUGUUCUUGUUAUGUGUGUUCCUAACACUAUUUUCUCUUCAUGUUUUAUAAAUCUCUAUUGCGGGCGUCCUACUUAAAUUUCCAACUCACUCACAGUAGCCAAAUUGACACAGUCGAAGAUUUUAUUUUGUCUUGAAAAGACGCCCCCUUAAUUGUUGCCAUCAAGUUUACUUUAUAAAAAAGUGCUACCUUAAAACCAUGUUAACCACAAUUAUAGCCACAUCAGGAUAUCUUGGAAGGAAGUACAUGGGUAAAGAUGAUGAAUCAAAGAAAACAAUCAAAACAGGUCUUGCAGUUUGUCUCAAUAUAUCUGUAUCAAUUUCAAUUGUUCUCAUCAACAAAUGGCUUUACACGUCAGUUGGAUUCCCAAACAUGACUUUGACACUCAUGCACUUUAUCUCGACAUUUUUCUGUCUCCAUGUGUGCCAACUCCUUGGGGUUUUUAGUGUAAAAAAGGUCCCUUUGAUAUCCAUGAUCCCUUUGGCACUUUGCUUUUGUGGAUUUGUAGUUCUAACUAAUCUUAGCCUAGAAAAUAAUUCUGUGGGUACCUACCAAGUAGCUAAAGUGAUGACCACUCCAUGUGUAUUACUCAUACAGUAUCAUUAUUAUGGAAAAUCAAUCAAUACUGCAACAUUAUUGACAGUGAUACCAAUUAUAAUAGGAGUCAUUUUGAAUUUCAUCUAUGACAUUAAAUUUAACUUAAUUGGCACAGCAUAUGCAGUAAUGGGAGUUGUGGUCACUUCUUUUUAUCAAGUGUUGGUUGGAGAGAAACAGAAAGAGCUGCAACUUAAUUCCAUGCAGCUUUUAUACUACCAGGCACCCAUAUCAGCAAUUAUUCUCUUCUUCCCAGUCCUUGCAUUCGAGCCUGUUCUUCAGCUCGUUUAUCGUUCAUGGACUCUGGCAGCCAUAAUUCCAGUUGUGUGUUCAUGCUUGAUCGCCUUUGCUGUAAAUUUAUCUAUUUACUGGAUCAUCGGCAACACGUCCGCAUUGACUUACAACAUGGCGGGUCAUUUAAAAUUCUGCCUGACUGUGGCGGCUGGCUUCUUCUUGUUCCAGGAUCCCCUGUCUGCCAACCAACUAUUCGGACUCAUACUCACGUUGGCGGGAGUCGUCGCCUACAGCCAUGUGCGGUCGUGAAAGCUCAAUCUCGAAAAAUGUUGACGUUAAAACUUUGGACUAUGCACUAGCUCCGGACGGGGAGCGAGUGACAGUGCACGCACAAAUUCGUUAAUCGACUUACCAAGUGUCUUUUUUAAAUAAGAGACUUAGUUCCUCGCGCCAAAUUGUUUGUACUUUUCCAUUUAAAAAAAAACCAAAUCAUUUGUUAACGCGAUUCCAAAUAUAACAAUAAUGACGACGAUGCUAUAUUUGGAAUUCAAAGUAAUGAAAAUCACCUGUCGAUAUAUAGUUGGCGGGGAAUGCGCACCUGCCAAAGUAAGUGAAUUCCCGAAGCGUGACUUGACAACCGAAACGUUGAUUAUUUAUUUCCCUCCUCCAUGUGCACAGUAUACGACAUUCCUCAGUGACGGGGUGGAUGGAAGCAGAGGGGGAGGGAGUGCGGGAUGGAAUGUUUGGUUCACUCAUCAACACGUCCCACACGCGGGAACGCUAUACAUUUUGCCUUUUUUUUCGCAUUCCCUUUGCAUCGUUAACCGACUCCAAGACAAAACAAAAAAUCUUAAGACAGAAAUCUUAAAAAAUCUUCCUCAAUUUUGAAGUCUUUGACCGGAUGCGUUAUUGUUCAUUGGUAUACAUUAAAAACAUGGCAAUGUAGCAGAUUGCUAGUCUCCCGGAAUUGGAUCGAAUCGGAUGUCAGACCGCCGGAUGUUGAAAGGGAGGCUGACCGAGCCGAACUCCAUCGAAGUGUGACAAGAAGCAGAUGUGCAACUGCUGUUGCCCAGUUUCAUCUUGUUUGACAGUGAAGACAAUAGGGAAGGCGACAAGCUGAAGAAAGAGACCCAAUCUCUUCUUAUCUUUCUCUCUUUUAUUUUUUCUUCUUUGCUCUUUUUCUUUUUUUUUUUUGUGUUUAAGCCCUUCCCCCCUCGACUCCCCGAGAGAGGGCUGGUUAAAAAAGCCACACACACGGUUCGUUCUCUCGAACUGCCCCACUCCGUCUUCAGUCACCGUUUAGUCGCCUCGCCUCUCGACUGCCAACUUUUCUUCCGCUCAUCCCGAUUCAUUCCGUCUCAUUCGACUUCAACGGUGCCUUGUUUCACGCGCAUAUUCAUCCCAGUUCACCACCGGGACCACAGCCAUCCGCCCUCCAGGAUAUAGGAAGCACCGCAACACCUACUAGGGAUAGUCGAACUCACCUUAGCGGACGAUUCGGAACUACUAGAUCAGUAUAAUAAAUCGUAAGAGAAUCUUUGUCGGGCGAGAGACGAGAGAAAAAAACAAAAAAAAACGAGAGAUAAAAAGAAAAAGUGCGGACGAUAAGACAAACAAAACCCUGGACUUGCAUUGAUUGUUUAGACAGCAGUGAGUUUUGUUGUGUGUGUGCGACUGUGCGCCAUUUAGCGCACCGUUUGCGUGACAGCUACUGUCAAAUCUUAAAACCCCCAAAUCUAAACAAAAAGCGAAAUUUGUUUCUAUUACAAUUUCAAAGAAAACUAAAUAAUUGGAAGGAAAUGGGGCACUGGACUACAAGAUUGCCCUUGAUUGGACUCUCUCUCCUUCUUCUCACAGACGUUUACGGUGACUUUGAACAGCCUCUGUCUCAUUGCUGUAAUCUCGGUGUCAAAUGGGGCGUGGAGAACUUGCAAUGCGCCGCCUUCCCCGCACCGGUGGUGGGCAUCCGUAACGAGCAACAAGCUAUCUGCCUUUCAGCCGUUCACAUUUGCUGUCUUCGCAAACACAGGGAGCGACAGUGCGAGCUCGGCAAACAGUCGGCCAGGGCGGAUCGGGAAUGUUCGGUCAACCGAGAUUUGGGCGGCGAAACACAUAAAGAUUGUUGCGAAGGUUGCAAAUUGGGUCUAGUAGCUGGAUCCAUGUCAAUGGGAUGCACUUUUAGAGCUUUCCAGUUCGGUGCUCCUUGGGACGACGCUUACCGCUCCUGUUGUCAACAAACGCUCCCACAGGUUUUCCCGGAUAAUCCUCUCCCUAACCUACGCGUUCCUAGCUCCACUCCCAGAGCUCAAAUCCCACCAUUUCUACCACCACCUCCUACCCCAGCGCUGCCCAGCUAUCCGAUUGAUGAACAGAAUUCUAUUGAACGGAAUCAAAACUCCGCAGAAGACGAUGAAGACCUUUGCGCCCGCUUCCCUGGAGAAUUAUGUGCCCAUGUUUGCGUUCCUACUGGCGGCCCGUCCUAUCGCUGCGAGUGUCGUGAAGGAUUCCAGCUACUAGCCGAUGGCAAAUCUUGUCAGCAAGCCACGCAAUACGAUCGUUGUUCGAGCGAUAACCCUUGUUCGCAAAAGUGUACCGACACAGGAUUAGCAGUUGAAUGCUCCUGCCACUCCGGAUUCCAGCUGGCUUCCGACGAGAAGACCUGUACAGAUGUCGAUGAAUGUUUAAUCGGCGCCGACAAUUGCGACGUACUGUUACAAAUUUGUGUCAAUCAACCCGGGGGUUUCGCUUGCAUCGAACGGAAAGAUAGUCCUGUCAACACUGGAUCCCGACCAGCCCCAGCUUCACCCGAAAGUAGUAGCGAGGGACGAGGCUGCCCGCGAGGUUUCAAGUUUAACCCCGAAUCAAGAGUUUGUGACGAUGUAAACGAGUGCGAGACACAGCCACCAGUUUGCCCGGCUCAAACAUCUUGCCAGAACACGAUCGGUUCUUAUAACUGCGCUCGCAGACCACAGCUCGAAGAAUGUCCACUCGGAUUCCGAUUCAACAACCAAAUCCAAACUUGCAUCGACAUUGACGAAUGCAAAGAAAAUCCUGCAACUUGUCCGAAAACGCGACCCGUUUGCGUAAAUCUCCAAGGAUCUUAUACCUGUCAAGCCCGAAACGAAAGUAGUUUACUUGGUCCAUCUGUCACUUGCCCGGCAGGAUACAAAUUCAACACGGCUCAACAGACGUGCGAAGAUGUGGACGAAUGCGCCGAGCGUCUCGAUACUUGCGUGCACGGAAUGGAAAUGUGCAUCAACGACCUGGGCCGCUAUCAUUGCGAGCCACUCAGCGCCGACGCCGCAUCCACCACGACCGGCCAGCGUCACCACGACGUCGAUGAUCAUCACCAGAUUCCAAACUAUGGCCAAUGCCCAACCGGUUACACCUACGAUGAGGACGAACAAGUCUGCAUCGAUCUGGACGAAUGUCUGAACGGACAGUUGGACGAUCUGAGCUUGUGCGACGAUGACAAGCGUUGCGCAAACACGGAAGGAUCGUACGAAUGUGUCGAGGCCUGCGCGCCGGGAUACCAACCCGACGUCGCCGACGCCAUGGGCCCAUGUGUCGACAUGGACGAGUGCCUCAACAACAAUCACAAUUGCACCUUGGCAGAAAAAUGUGUCAACGUACCCGGAUCGUACCGAUGUGAACAACUGAGACCCGUUUUGCAAACGGUGAGUAUCCCGGCAACGACUACAACCGACUUCAACACGCGUCCGAUUCCCGUUUCACGCGUCACUUCAUCUACUACUACUACUACGACGACGACCACAACAACCACGACGAGACCGACGACAACAACAACUACUCCCACCACCACUACAACUGCUCCUCCAACAACCAGAGCUGCACGCCAACAGCACAACUCAUCCGGUUCAUGCCCGUCAGGAUUCCGCAAAGAGGCGGGCGGUGGUCGCUGCAAAGAUAUAAACGAAUGUGAGGAAGGGACUCACCGUUGUGAACCAUCAAAAUCCGACUGCGUCAACACCGCCGGUUCAUACCGAUGCAAACCGUUGACGCCUUGCCUGUCUGGAUUCCGCCGCAACACAUCAACCGGACGCUGUGAAGAUAUUGACGAAUGCAUUGAAGGAUCGCACAACUGUACGACUCAGACCGAGUUGUGUGUCAAUAAUUACGGUUCGUUCGACUGUCGUCCCUAUCCAUUCUGUCCGGCAGGCCAUCGCUUCAGUGUACAAGAGCGUUUCUGUAAAGAUGUGGACGAGUGCGCCGAAGGGACUCACAACUGCUCUGGGACUUGCGUCAACGCCGUGGGAACGUUCCGCUGCGUGGAUCGGGAGCCCGUCAGCUGCGGACUGGGAUACCGAUACGACACAGAGAAACGAGAGUGUCAAGAUCUUGACGAAUGUCGCGAGGGAACAAAUCCAUGCCGGCCACCGGCAGAACGUUGCGUCAACAUGGUCGGCACUUACAGAUGCGAGCCGAUAAGUCUACCCACGACAACAAGAGCAACAACCAAAGCAACAACAACAACUACGCCACGCCCUACGACGACAACUACAACGCCACGCCCAACUACAACAACCACAACACGCCCGACUACAACUACAACUCGUCCAACAACUACUACAACUCGUCCAACAACUACUACAACUCGCCCAACAACAACCACUACAACUCGACCAACAACAACCACGUCCACAACUACUACCACUACUAGUACAACAUCGGCAACAACCCCAAAACCAAACUUCUCCACAAUUUCCUCUCGUCCUGGUGGUUCCAGCCAGAACGACAGAUGCCAGGCCGGUUUCCGCUACUCACGGCGCACUCGCAGUUGUCAGGAUAUCGACGAGUGUGUCGAAGCCCGAGAUUAUUGCAACAAGGAGACCGAAGUAUGCGUCAACGAGCGAGGAGGUUAUCGUUGCGUGCCUUUCAACGAGCUGCCAGCAACUUCAAGUUCAGUCGCACCCAAUCCUCUGACGACGACGACAUCAGCUCCACUUAGCACGAAUCGGCCACCACCCAGAACGCCCAGUUGCCCGAGAGGCUACAUCUUUAGUGAUGACAGCCGUCGUUGUAUUGAUGUUAACGAAUGCACAAAUGACCCGAAUCCUUGUCGAGGCAACCAACAAUGUGAAAACACAGUGGGCAGCUACGUCUGCCGUUGCGCAGUCGGCUACCGUUUCAACACAGCCACUCAAUUCUGCGAAGAUAUUAACGAAUGCUUGCUGGACUACCACGACUGUUUGAGCUCGCAGAGGUGCGACAACACGAUCGGCAGUUACACCUGCUUCCGUACGGCCAGCUGUGGCACGGGCUACACCUACAACUCCCAAAAGGGCAGAUGUGAAGACGAUGACGAAUGCGAAUCGGGAGCAAACGAUUGCUCCAAUCUCGGCCCGCUCUAUCAGUGCCGCAACACGGAGGGCUCGUUCCGUUGCGAGCGCAAGAAAUGCAACGACCGCACAGACGGGCACACCUUGCUGGACGAGGAGACGGGCCGCUGUGUUCAACCUACACAAUGCGCUGCAGGCUUCGAACCAGCACCCAGAGGCCGAUGCAACGAUAUUGACGAAUGCGCACGCGGAAGUCCCUGUCCCCGUGGCCACCAAUGCACCAACACGAUCGGAUCCUUCACAUGCCUCAACACCCAAAAAUGUGAUCCCGGUUAUGAAAUGAACAGCGCAGGAACACAAUGUCAAGAUGUCGACGAGUGUGCCAAGGCAACUCACGACUGCAAGAGGAAUCAGUUGUGUCAAAAUCGCCCAGGCGGCUAUGUCUGCGUUUGUCAACCAGGCUACACGAUCGGAGCUAACCGGGAGUGCGAGGAUAUUGAUGAAUGUACACGAUUCGCUGGGCAGAUUUGUUCGCCAAAUUCACAAUGCGCCAACACGCCCGGAUCUUACCGAUGCGACUGCAAGGAAGGAUUCCGCUCAGGAUCGGAUCCCCGUUCAUGCGUUGAUAUCGACGAAUGCGCCGAAACGGCCCGCCUAUGCCAACAGAAUUGUGCCAACACUUGGGGCUCCUACCAAUGCAGUUGUCAGUCAGGUUACACCCUGGCUCCCGAUAACAGGUCAUGUCACGAUGUCGACGAGUGCGAAUUGUACAAAGACCGUGGAGGUUUGUGCGUCGGUCUGUGCGUCAACGAGCCUGGCAGUUAUUCGUGUCAAUGUCCCGAUGGAUAUCGUCUGGCUUCCGACAACCGCACUUGCCAAGAUAUCGACGAAUGCGUCAGACCGGGAGUGUGUCGUGCGGAAGAGACUUGUCUCAACACUCGAGGCGGUUAUUAUUGCAACGCCAUCGUCUGCCCGCCCAACUACGUCCGUGACACCGAGCACCGCAACCGCUGCAAAAGAGUCAGUCUGGAGUGCCACAGCUGGGACACGGAAUGCCUGCGCAAGCCCGUCUCCUACUCGUACAACUUUUUGACGUUGCCAUCGAAAAUCCCGAUCCCAGCCCGCACCGGCCACCUGGACCUGUUUAGCAUGCGCGGUCCACUCUGGGCCUCGGCGACCGUUCAAUUCAAUUUGGAACUGAACGACGUCCGGGCUCCGAACGACCUGGUCGAUCGCAAACUCAAAGUCGACCGCAACGUCUUCAGUUUACGUCGGUCGACAUCGUCGCCCAAUCAGGCCAUCCUGGCCCUGACAAAGUCCAUCGUCGGACCACAAGAGAUUGAGCUCUUCCUCAACAUGGACAUGUACCAAAACGGCGUCUUCAGUGGCGUCGCCGUCGUCAAAAUUUUCAUCUACGUCACGCAAUACGAUUUCUAAAAAACAAGGGGCGCGGCCCGAUGAUGGUUACUUUCUUCAAUUAAGUUAAUCCCCAUGUAGAUUGUAUCCAAAGAAUCAUUUGUUAGCUCUUCUCUUUUGAUUGUACUACUACUGGUAUGACCGACAUACGAUUUCUAUUCAAACAAAAUAAGGCCAUCGAAGAGAAAGUAAAAUAAUAAUAAUAAUAAAAGAGGAUAUCGUUUUGUUUUUGAGUAUUCUUUCCUGAAAUUGCCGCUUCACACACAAAUCGCAGCUUUGAAGUUUUUGACGACGAUCUGUCUGAUCGAUUCUUUAUUUCCCUUUUCUAUAGGCAAGAUUAUACCUUUUCUACUUUACAUUUUCCCGUUGCACGACUCCCUCCCAGCCAAAUGUGUUUUUUUUUGUUUUAAGGAAUAAAAUGUUGCCAAAGCAUGUGGCGCCGUGCACCAAAAA